AUGAUCGGUGGUUUCUAUGGCCUCGGAACAGACUCGUUCUCCAGCACCGAGGAUAUUUGGGAGGGUGUUCUGGGAAUUAUCGCCUCGAUCAUCAUCACGAUCAUGGGAGCGGCCCUUCUGCGCGUGUCUAAACUGCAAGACAAAUGGCGUGUCAAGCUCGCCAAGGCUCUCCAAAAGGAUCACGAUCCCAACGAGACCAAGAAGGGUCGCGUCAAGAGAUGGUUGGAGAAAUACGCUAUGUUCAUUCUGCCAUUUAUCACGGUUCUUCGUGAGGGUCUCGAGGCCGUUGUCUAUGUCGGUGGCGUUGGAUUAGGGCUCCCAGCCACUUCCUUCCCCUUGGCCGUUGUUUGCGGCCUUUUGGCCGGUAUCUUAGUGGGCUAUGUUAUCUACCGAGGUGGACGACAGACUUCGUUGCAGAUUUUCUUGAUUAUUUCCACUUGCUUCCUCUACCUCGUUGCCGCCGGUCUUUUCUCGCGUGGUGUCUGGUACUUGGAGAACAAUGCCUGGAACAAGAUUAUCGGAGGCGACGCGUCAGAGACUGGCUCUGGUCCCGGAUCCUACGACAUCCGAAAGAGUGUCUGGCACGUGAAUUGUUGCAACCCAGAGCUAGGAGGUGGCGGUGGUUGGGGUAUCUUCAAUGCACUUCUUGGCUGGACCAACUCCGCCGACUAUGGCUCUGUGAUCGCCUACAACUUAUUUUGGAUCUGUGUCAUGAUUGGCUACGGGUUGAUGUUCUACCGUGAGAAGCGUGGAGCUAUUCCUGUCAUUGACCCGGCUUUGAACAGCGUCAUCAGAGCCAAGGCCAGAGCCAGAGCCUUUAUUCUGCGCCGUCCCUAUGAAGAUCCAAUUACCCCCGUUGAGACUACAGUUCCGGUCUCGGAUAAGCAUGCAGGGACUGGUGUUUUGGCUCUUUAG